AUGGCCCAUCUUGUCAUAUAUGUAGGGGUAUUUAUUAGUUCUCUGAGCUAUUCCAGUGCGCUUAAUGGUGGCGAUUCGCUUCAACAGAGAGUUGGUGACUAUGAAGUAGUGCGCAUCCAUGAGGUGCCAGACACGAACGAGGAUGUAGUUCGUCGUAUUUCCUUUACAGCAUUUGGGCGUUUAUACGUUGCUGUAUUGAAUCCGGGUACUGAUAUUUUUGAUCCAUAUGCUCGAAUUAGGAUAAGCGAUGAUAUGCCAGUACCACUUGAUCCGACUGGUCACUAUUACGGAUACCUCGAAGGAAAUCCUUAUCAUACGGUUGUUUUGUCGCGAUUGAAGCCAGACGUCUACAUUGGUAUGAUCUCUGCUGGAAACGAUUCCAUUUACAUUGAACCGGCCUUGUUUCAUCACGAAUCAGCCAAAGAGCAGGACGUGCUCGUGUUCCGCUCGAGCAGCUUGGACGGGACCAGUAUUUUUCGUAGUUUGAAUGAACGAGGUUCAUUAGCUCCAGUGCAGGACUUUCUCCCAACCACGGCAGUCGAGCCGACAGUUCGUAGACGGAGACAAGUGAUUCCGACGGAAAACGAAGUUCGAAAUCGAUGUCCACUGAAAAUUGUUGCUGAUUACAAAUUUUUCUCGAUUGUAGGGAAGAACAACACAGCUCUCACAACACGUUACAUUGUAAAUAUGGUUGCCAGGGUGAAUGAGAUUUACACUGUUGUGAAUUGGGAUGAAGGCCAGGAACCAGAGAACAGACUGAAAGAGGCAGAGCUGAAGAUCUUAGACAAACCUUCCAAUCAACCAGGGCAUUACAAUUCUCGUGAUCUGAUAAAUAAUGGUGUAUGGAAUUCCAAUCGCCUCUUAGAGGCAUUCACUCGUGAGGAGGGUUCUCCUUCAUUUUGUUUGGUUCAUCUGCUUACUGCUCAGUCUUUCGCUGAUUCUGCUCAUAUUGGUUUGGCUUAUGUGGCAGACACUCGAGGAGGUCCAGGAGGAAUUUGUUCUGACUCAACGUUUGUAGGUUUUAUAGGUAGUAAUUUCAUAGAUCAGGAUAUUCAAUUUUUUGAAGCAUUUUCGUUAGCUGUAAUGACUAUGUUCAAGGUUCUUGAUCGUCAAAUUAGUUUCAACACAGUGUUCACAAGCGCCAUAGGUAACACUGGUCUACAUGAUUACCCAUUGGUGACAAAGGAGGCCGAGAUUGUUGUCGCUCAUGAAUACGCCCAUAGCUGGGGUGCGCAACACGAUGGGUUGGAACGCGACGCCGAUGGACGUGAAGAAUGUCUACCAGAUUAUUCUGAGGGUGGAAAUUAUAUAAUGCAUAUGUACGCACAAAAUGGAUACGAUCCAAACAACAUACGCUUUUCACCCUGCUCCCGAAAGAGUAUCCGUCGAAUGUUGGAGCGUCGCUGGCAUCGUUGCUUCGAGCCGGAGAAGGCAUCAUUCUGUGGUAACGGUGUCGUUGAAGAAGGCGAAGAAUGUGAUGAGGGAACUUUCCUCACUAAAAACGGUAGCUCAACAUGUUGCACAACUGAGUGUCGUUUGGCACCAUCAGCUCAGUGCUCUCCCUCACAAUCAACCCUGGCCUGCUGCAAUACUACCUGUUCUUAUCAUCCGGCUGAUCACGGGAUAUUCGGGAGAAUGUCCGAGCGCUCCAGCUAUUCCAAAUGGUUCUCGCCCUGCAUGAAAGAAGAAGAAAAGAAGGAGAAUGUCACGAUGGAGUUUGUCUUCCAUAUUGUGAGCGUAAGAACAUCGCCAAGAAGAGCUGUAUAUGCGAAGAAG